UUCCCCCCCCCCCCUUCCUUCCUUUCCCCUGUGUCGGUACCUGCGCCCGCGCUCUCCCCUCCCCCCCCCUGUCACCACAAUGUUCCCCGGCGCCAAGCCCUCCAACCCCUCCGACGUGAACGCCAUCGGCCCCAAGACCGGUCGCACCAUCCAGGACGCCAUCUACUUCCUGGUCGGCAAGGGCACCACCAUCAUCCAGUACACUUUCGUCCCGGCCCUCAUUGCCAUCGGCUACAACCUCCUGGCUGCGCCGCGUCCCCCCGUGCUGGACUUCUUCACCAUGAUCUUCUCCCCCUAGACGAGGCCAGUCACCUGUCCCCUCCCACAGAGGCAACGCGCUCCCAAGCAGCAUGCCCCCCUCCUCUCCCCUGCUUUGUUUGGCCCUUCCUCUCUCCCUCUCUCUCCCCGCCUACACACACACAUACAUAUAUAUAUCUAUCUAUACACACAGAAACUCGCGUUCACA